CGUAUCACCAAGCGGCAAUGAGUUUGGCGCAUUCAUGCUACAACCUACAUUCCAGCGGACGGUUUCAGCAGACACGUCGAAUUGGGCUUCAGACUGGUCGCUCUCACCAAGCUUAUCGACUCCUUCUGGCUUCGAUUCAGAGACUGCACCUGCACAAUCAUAUGUAAACGACAUCGGUUCAGGUACCGCCUAUACGGACACCGCUGAUUUGUCGCGACAACCUGCUCAGUCCACACCCAUAUCAGCUACCGGAUUUGACCAGGACUUCCGAGAUCCUUUCCCGCAGGAACAAACAGUACAGUCUCCCUUUCCCAACUGGGAUGCUCUCAACGACUACAUCAGCGGCGAAGAUGCAAACCCCAUGGACUAUCACCCCGGCGGUGCAAAGACUAUGGAGAAUUUACGUUCUGCCUCUUCUAUAUCGGUCCCAUACAGUCCGAUGAGCCAACCCGUAGGAAGUCAUAACAACUUGACUUCCUACGCAGAGGUCGGGACGGACAGUUCCCAUAGUUGUUAUCCAUUGGCCUAUUCGACGCUCGAGAGCCUGCCACACUCCAGGCACUCGUUCCACACGAGCGAUUCAUUCGAUGCCGUUCUAGACACUGUUCGGUCAGCACGAGAGAAUGUCUCGAAGCUUCUUAGAUGUUCAUGCUCGUCAGAUCCACAUCUUGCCAUGCUAUACUCCAGCAUAACAUCCAAGAUUCUGGCCUGGUACCAAACCGCUGCUAGUGCUAGUCACGGAACCCGUACCAGCCACUCGGUCUCAGCAUCGCUCCCUUGGAAUUACUGCCAGCCUUCGCAGUUUUUGCACACGAUCUCCUCACCCUCGUCUGUGCCGGGUAUUGAUGAAGUGGAAAGGUACAAUUUGUACAUGCAGUCAUCUCGGUACACCCAAUACAAGUUCGAGGAUGGUGAACAACAGAGAGAUAGGAGGCAGAUAAUCUUACAAGAGUUGCGAGGAUGUGCGCAACUCAUCGGGGCAUUGACUAAUUGGGGAAGUAAUGGCGAUACAUCCGCGGCGCAGGCGGGGCAUCUGUAUGAUUUUCUGGGAGGCUGGCUAAGGAACCAAUUGUGUAAGAUAGUGAAGGAGAUCCGAUACAAAGAGUCUGCGACGGCUUGAACUACUGGGAAGGAUCGAUAAUUAAAAAGGGAGUCGGAAGAGCAUUGGAGGUGGUUUGCUGCUGUUUGAUAACCACGGUUUCCCGUGGCGGGGUAGUCGUCGUCUUAAUACCUAGUAAUUAUAGUGAAAAGUUUAUUCCGCUUCAUGCUAUUAAUGAUAGUAGGGUACAAUUGCUGCGUAGAAGUCGAAAAGACAACAGUG